CGCCAGAGGACGACUCCGGGAGGGAUCGGCUCUCCGCCGUGUGCCCAACCGGAAUCAUGUCGAGUUUGGCGGUGAGAGACCCGGCGAUGGAUCGGUCGCUGCGUUCCGUGUUCGUGGGCAACAUUCCGUACGAGGCCACCGAGGAGCAGCUGAAGGACAUUUUCUCGGAGGUGGGUUCGGUGGUCAGCUUCCGACUGGUGUACGACCGCGAGACGGGCAAGCCCAAGGGCUAUGGCUUCUGCGAGUACCAGGACCAGGAGACAGCGCUCAGUGCCAUGCGGAACCUCAACGGGCGCGAGUUCAGCGGCAGGGCGCUGCGGGUGGACAACGCCGCCAGCGAGAAGAACAAGGAGGAGCUCAAGAGCCUCGGGCCCGCGGCGCCCAUCAUCGACUCCCCGUACGGGGACCCCAUCGACCCCGAGGACGCCCCCGAGUCCAUCACUAGGGCGGUCGCCAGCCUGCCGCCGGAGCAGAUGUUCGAGCUCAUGAAGCAGAUGAAGCUGUGUGUGCAGAACAGCCACCAGGAAGCGCGGAACAUGCUGCUGCAGAACCCGCAGCUGGCCUACGCGCUGCUGCAGGCCCAGGUGGUCAUGAGGAUCAUGGACCCCGAGAUUGCGCUGAAGAUCCUGCACCGCAAGAUCCAUGUCACGCCGCUGAUCCCGGGCAAAUCCCAGCCUGUCACGGGCCCCGGCCCUGGCCCCGGCCCCGGCCCCGGCCCCGGGCUGGGCCCCGGCCCCAGUGUUCUGCUCAACCAGCAGAACCCUCCCGCCCCGCAGCCUCAGCACAUGGCCAGGAGACCGGUUAAAGACAUCCCUCCUCUGAUGCAGACCCCUAUCCAGGGCGGGAUUCCGGCCCCGGGCCCCAUACCGGCCGCGGUUCCCGGGCCGGGGCCGGGUGCCUUAACCCCUGGUGGAGGAAUGCAGCCCCAGGUUGGAAUGCCAGGCGUCGGUCCAGUGCCUUUAGAGCGGGGACAGGUGCAGAUGUCGGAUCCUAGAGCUCCUAUACCUCGUGGGCCCAUGACUGCCGGGGGCCUCCCUCCUCGAGGACUGUUGGGAGAUGCUCCAAACGACCCACGUGGAGGGACUCUGCUUUCAGUCACUGGAGAAGUAGAGCCCAGAGGCUAUCUUGGCCCCCCUCAUCAGGGCCCCCCCAUGCACCAUGCCUCUGGUCAUGACGGCCGGGGCCCGUCCUCACAUGAGAUGAGGGGAGGGCCAUUAGCAGAUCCCAGACUGCUGAUGGGAGAGCCCAGGGGACCCAUGAUAGAUCAGAGAGGUCUCCCUAUGGAUGGUAGAGGUAGUAGAGAUUCUCGAGGGCUGGAGACUCGAGCCAUGGAGACUGAAGUCUUAGAGACACGAGUGAUGGAGAGAAGAGGAAUGGAGACCUGUGCGAUGGAAACCAGAGGGAUAGAAGCGAGAGGCAUAGAUGGAAGAGGGAUGGAGAUACGGGGUCCUGGCCCCAGUUCCAGAGGCCCUAUGACUGGUGGAAUCCAGGGACCUGGACCCAUUAGUAUGGGGGCAGGUGGUCCUCAGGGACCUAGACAGGUCUCCAGCAUUUCCGGGGUGGGAAAUCCUGGAGCUGGCAUGCAGGGGGCAGGCAUACAAGGAGCGGGCAUGCAGGGGGCAGGCAUCCAAGGAGCAGGUAUGCAGGGGGCGGGCAUGCAGGGGGCAGGCAUACAAGCAGUGGGCAUGCAGGGGGCAGGCAAGCAAGGUGGAGGCCAGCCUAGCAGUUUCAGUCCUGGGCAGAGCCAGGUAACUCCUCAGGAUCAAGAAAAGGCAGCUCUGAUCAUGCAGGUUCUUCAGCUGACUGCAGAUCAGAUCGCCAUGCUGCCCCCUGAGCAGAGGCAGAGCAUCCUCAUUUUAAAGGAACAAAUUCAGAAAUCGACUGGGGCUUCUUGAACAGUUUUAGGAAAUGUUUGACAGUAGUCCUAAAGUUUUUCUGUAGCAUGGGGAAUGGAUGCAGAAAGCCGACUUCUGCAUCCCCACAGUUGAAUGGUUAGAGUUUCCCUCCCAGAACUUUAUCUCAUUUCAUCUUGUUGUCUUUUUUUGUUGUUGUUGUUUGUAUUUUUAAUAGGGGGGGUAGGGGGAGGAAGGAGUGGGUCUUUUCACUUUUAUUCACUGUAAAUAAAUACACAAAUAACUCCGAACAUGGUGAUAUUAUACCAAAUAAGAUUACAAAGAAUAUGCAGCAAUAUUAAAAGUGUCUACAAUACGUUAACUACAUUUUUAAAAAUAACUGGGUUAAACAGUGUGAAAACUGCACGUAAAGACUAAACUAUGACCUGUUAAAAUGGUAAUGUACUAAGAUAGUUUAAGAUUUUUGGUUGUGUAAGAAAAUAAAGAAGUUUACCUCAGAA